AUGUAGGAUGAUUUUCGAUGUAAUAUUUUAUCUGAUAACAGUUAAGAUGAGAUUAUAUUGAUAAAUGAAUAAAAUAAUUAAUUGACAAUGGAAAUUGAAUAACACAUAAGAUUAGAAUAAUUAGACUAAAUAAAAUAAAAUGCAAAAAUUUUAUAUGAUGAUUUUGAAGUUGAUAUAAUUUCAUAAGAUAGUAGGAAAAGUAUAUCUAUUAAAGAUGCAGAAAUUAGUAGUAUGAAUAACUAAUCAGAAUUUUUUAAUUUAAAUUAAGCUUGUAAUUUUAGAUAAACAAUUCAAUAGGAAAUGAAGAUUUCAAAUAUAAUAAGCAAUUAACUAGAAUAAUUAGACGAAUUUUCCAAUUUUAAUAUUAUGUCCUCCAUAGAAUCCAAAAAGUUUUCAUAAAAAAAGAUAAAAUAAAAUAUAGAAUAAAAAUCACACUUCAAUAAUAAUAUAACUAUUUAAUAAGUAGAAUAUAUUGAUAGUGAUAACACAGAUGAAGUAGAUAAUUAUGAUAUUUAAUAAAGCAAACUUACAAAUAAUGAGAAUUAAUUAAAAGUUGAUGAUAUUUAAGAUUAAAAAAGGGUUGAUAAGGUUAUAAAUGGAGUAGAUAAUUAAACAUGGUUAUUAAAAAAUAAAAUGUAAAGUCAUUAAAAUUCUGUAGAAAAGAAAGAUAAUGAAGAUUGGGAUUUAUUAGAAAUAGUAAAUAAUGAAUAAAAGGAUCUUGAUCUUUUUGAAUAAGGAUUAUUUAAAAGAAUUGAUUAUGGUAUUUAAAAUACUUUAGAAUUAAAUAAAUAAUAAUAAUUUAAAAAAGAAUUCAAAAAAUCUGAAUUAGAGAGAAUUUCACUUUCAUAUAACUUAAAUAAAUUAAAUCAGGAAUAGAAAAAAAUUGAAAUUUUAGAUUCUACACUUAUGAAGUAAUAAAUUUAAAAUAAUAAUAAAAAUAAAGAUCCAAAAGAAUAAUAAUAGAAUUUUGAUGAUGUUAAUAAAAUCUUUUAAAAAAGAUUUGAUACAUAAAAAGAUAUUAGUGAUGUUUCGAAAGAUAUAAUCAAAAGUACAGAAAAUAAAAUAGAUUUAGUUAAAAACUCUUUUGAAUAGUAACCCUCAAAUAUCAAAGGUAAAAUAGUAAACAAUUAUUUUCCUGUUAAAAACUUAUAAAAUUAAUCUUAAUCUAUAUUACAAAAAAAUUAAGAAAGUGACAUUAUUUAAGGUAAAUAAUAAUAAAAAAUUAUCAAAUAAGAGAAAUAAGUCCUUAUCUAAAAAUGUGAUGAUGGUUAGAUCAAAUAAAAUAAAGAUAUUGGUAAAUCUCUUAAAUAAUCUGGAAAGGAUUAAUUGUACAAUUAAAAAUAACUGAAUCAUUAAUAAUCAUAUAAAGAAUUAUAAUUAUAAUAAAAAUAAUAAAGGUUAUAGGAAGGAAUUAAAAGUAGUUUUAAUUAUUUAGAUAAAUAAUAAUAGUUACCUAAUAAAAUUUAGAGAGAGAAGGAAAGAAAGAAGUUUGAAAUGUAAUUACAAAUCUUAGAUAACCCAUUAGUUAAAUAAUAAGGUUAAAGAGAAACUGAAGAGUUAUUAAAUGAAGAUAAAUAUGAACUUAGAUCAAUCAAAAUAGAAAAGAAAAAGAUAGCUGAAUCACAAAGAUUAUCUAAAUUUAAAAUGAUGUUAGAUAAUAAUACAGGGGAAUCUUAUUAAUUAGGAAAACCUAUUUUUGAAUUUAAUAGAUUGUUAAAAUAUUUAUUCCUAAAAAAUUAUGAGAUACCUGAUAUAGCAGAUUAAGAAUAGAAAGUAAUUCCAAAUUCAUUUGAAAGUGCAGUAGAAUAUUGUAAAAUUUUUGAAUACUUAUUUUUAAAUGAGGCUAGUGCAUAAAUAAAAUAAGAAUUAAUAGAAUUUGUGAAAAAAAUAGAAAAGACAACUAAAUAUAGAAAAGUACAGAUAAAAAUAGAUGAAAACGAUCAUGAAUCAGAAGGAUCAAUCUUUAUAAUGAGAGGACCAUAAACUAAUUAAUAAAAGGGACUUUAGCCUAAGAAUAAAUUUUAAACAGAAUUAGAGUAGAAUGAUAUAAGUUAUUUUGAUGAUUAACAAUUUUGUUAUGAUAAUAUUAAAGAUGGAGUUUGUGAUUUGACAACAUAAAAAAAUUUUAUAGUUUUAAUUACAAACAAAAUAAAAUUAAAGGUUAGAUAGAUUAAUUAAUUUAAUGGAGAUAAUAUAAGUUUUUUUGGAAUUCUUAUUGAUCCAUAAAAAGCUUAGUAUUUACAAUAAAUAAGAAUUCAAAGUUUUGUUAAUAAAUAAAGUUUCAAUGUAAAUUAAUGGUAUAAUGUUUUUUUAUUUCCAUUUUCUAAAAUCACUACUUUAAUUCGAGAAUAUUAAAUGAUAACAAGGUUAAAUCAAAAAACUCCUUUAGCAGGAUUAAUUUAUAAUCCUAAUACAUAAUAAUAAUUAAUAGGAUCAGAUAUAGGAGGAGUUUGGACAGCUUAAUUUAAAAAUUAAAUUUAAAAUAAAGAAUUGUUAGAUUCUUUUUUUUAGAUAAUUGAUGAAAAAUAUAAUUAGAGUUAAGCAUAAUCAAUAAGAGAGAUUAUUUUAAAAGAGAAAGGAAUUUGUUUAUUAUAAGGACCGGUAUUUUUAUAUUAUAUAGUUUUUAGCCAGGUACAGGGAAAACACAUACAUUGAUUGGAUUAUUAUCAGGAGUUUAUGAGUAUAUGAAAUUGACUAACAAAUUUCCAAGAAAGAAAAUAUUAGUAAAAUAAUAAUUAAUUUUAGAUUUGUGCACCUUCUAAUGCAGCAAUAGAUGAGAUUAUAUUAAGAAUACUUUAAAAAGGAGGAUUAUUUGAUUCAAAAGGGAAUUAUCGAUAAGCAAAUCUUAUUAGAAUUGGUUUACUUGAUGAAGAAAAUAUUAAUUCUGAAAUAAUUAAGAAGGUAUCUUUAGAAGAUUUGGCAUAACAUAAAUUAUUUUAAUCUAAAAAAUGUAAUGCUGAAUAAGAUUAAAAAACAACUGCAGAUUUAAGAAUUGAAUUAUGUUAGAUUUAGAAUCAUAUAAAGAAAUUAGAAAAGAAAUUGAAUUAGCAUGGUUUACCUAGUGAUGAAAGAAAGAUAAUAAAAGAGCAAAUUAUUUAAUUUAAUGAUUUGAGAAAAACUAAAUAAGAAUACUUAGAUAAAACAAAAGAUAAUAAAAGAUUUUAUAAAGAAUUUUAUAAUUAAUUUUGUGAAAAAUUAUUAAAUGAUGCUGAAAUCAUAUGUAGUACUCUAAGUUCAAGUGGUUCUGAUAAAUUAUCUAAAUAUUUAGAUUAAAUAGAAUUAUUGAUAGUAGAUGAAGCAGCUUAAUGUACUGAACCAUCAAAUAUAAUACCUUUAAGAUUAGGAAUAUAAAAGAUGAUUUUAAUAGGUGAUCCUAAAUAAUUACCUGCUACAACAUUUUCACCAAUUUCUCAUUAAACUUUAUAUAAUAGAAGUCUAUUUGAAAGGAUUCUUGAUAAUAAUUUUAAACCUUAUUUCUUAGAUAUAUAAUAUAGAAUGCAUUCUGAGAUCAGAAUGUUUCCAUCAGAGUAUUUCUAUUAGAAUAAAUUAAAAGAUCAUUAGUCAACUAAUUUAAGAUGUAUACCAAAAAAGUUCUUUAAAAAUAGAGUGUUAUUCUUAGAUGUAAUUGAUGGAUUGGAAUAAAGAGAUGGAACAUCGAAUAUUAAUGAAUAAGAAGCUUUUGUUAUUGUUAAAUUAAUAAAAUCUAUAAAAGAAGAAUUUCCUACUUAAACAAUUGGUGUUAUUUGUGCUUACAAAUCAUAAGUGAGAUAUAUAAAAACAUUACUAAAAUAGAAAUUUUAAGAUGAAAAUAUUUUUGAUUAAACUACUAUAAGUAUAAAUACUGUAGAUUCAUUUUAAGUAAUUUUUAAUAUUAAAUUAUAAGGGUUAAGAAAAAGAUAUAAUAUUAUUUAGUUGUGUUCGUUCUUCUUAAACAGGUGGAAUUGGAUUUUUAAAUGAUGGAAGAAGAAUGAAUGUUGCUUUGACAAGAGCUAAAAAUGUUCUAUUUAUUCUUGGUAAUGCUAUUACUGUAUAAUAAUAUAUGAUUUAUUUAGUUAUCAAAAAGUGAUUUAUGGAAAUCAUUGUUAAAAAAUAUUUAAUAAAGGAAGCUUUAUCGAAAGAUAGAAUCCUAACAGUUUUAAUUUGAAUAAAUCUUAAAAGACGAAUGGAAUGAAAAUAAUAAAGUUCUAUCUCAAUAACUUAUUGCUUAUUUAAAUCAAACAUCUUAAGGAAUUUAUGAAAAAUCUACAUACAAUAUAUCAGAUUUUCAGAUUGAAGUCAUCAAAAAUUAAAAAAUUAAUACAAAUUAAAAUCAUUAAAUAAAAAAAUAAAAAUUUCAAGAUUUUAUACAUUAGAAAGAAAAUGAGAGUUUGUUUAAUAAUGAUUAUAACUAUAGUUUAAAUUGUAACGAAAAUGAUAGAUGUAUUUCUAAGUUAAAUAUUAAAAAUCAAGAAAUUGGUAUUCUUUAAAAUUAAAUUAUAAUACAUAAUUAAGAAAAUUCUAAAAUUAUAAAUAAUUAAUUUCAAAUUUCAAAAGAAAAUAAAGUUUAAUAAAAAAGAAUAGAUUAAACAGAUGCUUAGUUAUAAAAUAAUGAUGAUGAAAAUUAAGAAGAUAUUGAUAUGAUUAGAUGCCUAUAUGAAGAUUCCUUUUUUUGA